AUGGGUGUCUUCAAUCACAAAGAGGAAAUGGCAGACACGCCUAAGCAGGUGCUCAAUUGGCGUCUCUACUGGUCCACCUUCGUGUUUGGCAUCCUUGGUGCCAGCCGAGGCCUCGAUGAGGGACUGGUGGGGGGCAUGGUCGGCAUGAAGAGCUUUACACAUGAAUUCCCCAUGGAGCUAGGCACCAAGAACGAACAGGCAAACCGAGAGUCCAAUAUCACCAGCAUGGUCCAGCUUGGCUCCAUUGUCGGCGCCCUUCUCGCAUUCGUUCUCUGCGACAAGAUUGGCCGUGUCCGCUCACUUCAGGCCCUCUGUGUACUUUGGCUUACUGGCUUCAUCAUUGUGGUAGCCAGUUUCGGCAGCAUUGGCCAGAUUCUCGCAGGAAGAUUCAUCGCUGGGACUGGUAUCGGGAUGACCACCGUUGUGGGCCCCACAUUCCUCGUCGAGGUUGCUCCGAAGGCCAUUCGAGGCAUGUUGACCAACAUCUUCGCCGGUUCAGUCUACCUCGGAGUCAUGGUUGCUUACUUCAGUAACUGGGGCGCCGCUAUCAACCUCCCUAGCACCACCCGAAUGCAAUGGGUUGCCCCCCCAGACCGCACAUAUUGGUUUCUCAGGGUAAGUCACCCACCUUCCACACUGCUUUUCAUCCUCUCCUUCACUGUCAAUGAAACACCGCGCUGGCUCACUAUGAAAGGAAAACAUGAGCAAGCACUGAAGAACCUCUCCGUCCUCAGACAGCUACCCGAAGACCACCCCUUCGUACAGAACGAGCUUUUGGAUGUUCGUGAACAACUCGAGCGUGAAAGAGAGGCCACCAUGGGUUCAUCCAGAUGGGGAAAGCUCCGUGAGCUUGUCAUGAUCCCUUCCAAUCGAUAUCGGUUCAUGCUCGGCAUCAUGUCGCAACUGUUGGGUCAAUGGUCAGGAGCCAGCGCCAUCACGAUUUAUGCGGCCCAGUUCUUUGCGGCAUUGGGAAAGACCGGGCAGUCUGAGAAGCUGUUCGCAACCUGCAUUCUUGGUGUCGUCAAGCUAUGCUCUGCCUACUUCUGUGCAUUCUUUUUGAUUGACUUCUUCGGCCGUCGGCGAUCGCUCUACACCGGUAUCUGUUUGCAACUGGUGGCCAUCCUGUACGUGGCAAUGUAUCUCACCAUGGUCCCACAAGAUGCCCUCAAAGAUGGGCUAUUAAGUCCUUCGCAGAAAAGAGCCGCUACCGGUGCCAUUGCGGCAAUUUACAUCUCGGGUUUUGGAUGGGCUAUGGGCUGGAACUCAUUCCAAUACUUGGUCAACGCCGAGGUUUACCCCAUCAGGCUGCGUGCUCUGGGCUCGUCGCUGGUCAUGUGCUUCCAUUUCGUGAACCAAUUCGGCAACACCAAGGCGGUGCCCACCAUGCUGCUGGACAUGCGCACCUACGGGUUCUUCUACUUCUGCACCAUCGUUUGCGCUCUUGGCCUUGCUUGGGUCUGGUUCUUUGUCCCCGAGACCCGGGGCAAGUCACUCGAGAGCAUGGAUGCGCUGUUCAGCCUUCCAUGGCACCAAAUCGGGCGCAACGGCAGGAAGCUCACCGAAGGAAUUGGCUCACACACGGAUGAAGAGAAGUGGAUUGAUAAUGAGAAGAAGAACACGGAACUUCAGCAGGUUGAAAACGCGACUUAG